AUGAGCAAAAGCCUAUUCACCUAUUUACUUGUCGUUGCAGUGUCCGUUCUUUUCAUUAUCGGAAUCAUCACGACACCUAUUGCAGCUUCCGAUGAUGAUCAUAUAACACCUCAAGAAGAAACACCAGAACCAAAGAAUAUUAAAGUAACGUGUGGAAGUAUUGUCAAAUUACGACACAAGGGAAUGAAUUGUCGAUUACAUUCUCAUGCUGUAAAAUAUGGAAGUGGAAGUGGACAACAAAGCGUCACGUGUUUCCCUGGAGAGGGUGAUGAGAAUAGUUAUUGGGUGAUAAAAGGAGCAUAUUCAACUGAUAAAAAGGAUGAAGAUACUUGUCCUCAUGGAACCAUUCUAAAGACUGGGUUGACAGUCCGAUUGGAACACGCUCAAACAGGAGGAAGAUUACACUCUCACUUGCAUCAGUCUCCAUUGUCCAGACAACAAGAGGUCUCUUGCUAUGAAGGACAAGAUACAGGAGACAAUUGGGUGGUUGAACUUGUGAGUAGCAGCAGCAAUGCUCUCGAAAAGGGAGACUCAUUCCGUCUGAAACAUGCCGAUACUGGAAAAUAUCUUCAUUCACACAACAUGCAAUAUGGAAAUCCAAUUCCUGGUCAAUUAGAGGUGACAUCUGUUGGUAGUGCAAACUCCAAUACCAUUUGGGUUGCUGAGGAAGGAGUUUAUUAUCCAACACAAAAAGAAUUGGAAAAUCAUCACUAG